UGUUGAUGGCUUUGUCAUUCUCAUUCUGGAUUAUAUAACAUCUUAUGUUUAUUUUUGCAAUAUAGCAAGGUCUAAUUCCAAUUGAGCAAGCAGCAGUUCGUCGUCGACGUGAGCUUGUUGAAGUUCUGUUUCCUUGGACAAAACCAAUUUCAUGUCUUCCAGAUUGGAGUGUCAAUGGGAUAAUAAGAACAGUGAAUUAUUGGCGCAUCAAUCCUCUUCAGGCAUCAGUUUCGAUGGAAGAAAGAACUUCUUAUUGGAAGUCGCAAGGAAAGGAAGCAUUUGCAAGGGGGGACUACCUUACUGCAAUUUCCUGCUACGAUAAGGUACUUGACAUAAACCCAUCUGAUACCCCGAUGCAUGCCAACAAGAGCCUCUGCUGGCUGCAUAUGAGACAUGGGGGUCUAGCUCUGGAAGAGGCACACAAGUGCAAAAUGAUACGGCCCCGUUGGUCCAAGGCCUGGUAUCGUGAAGGUGCAGCCCUCAGCUUCAUGAAGGACUACGAUGGCGCCGCCGACGCGUUCUGGGAGGCGCUGCAGCUGGACCCCAAGAGUGAAGAGAUUAGGGAAGCGCUAAGGCCGAGAAGGCUGCGGAGGAGUCAUGGCGCAUGUAGUGUAAGCAACCACCGAUACCGGGCUGCUCAGAGAGAAGGAACAACAGAAAACUCUAGCUUGUUUCCUCUCACAUAUCCCUGAGACAUCCCUUUAACGGCUACUAAGUACCCUACUAGUUGUAAUAGCUAGGACUGCUCGUGUGUUAGGAUGUCUUGCGCUCGCAAGCUAAACCAGCUUCAAACUGUGUGCUCGAUCAUGGGUCUCGAUUUUGGCAGGUUACAGCGACGGAGACCUCAUGCUUUUGGCAUCUUAGUUAUGUAGGAUGAUCUGUUGUAGAUUUAGGUGGAUGCUAUACUAUCCUGAGAGUCGCCAAACAUUUCUCUGUAUUUUGCGUCUGAGAACAGUGUUAGCUCAGGUGAAAAAUGCAUAGCUAGUGCUAAUUGUCGAA